AGUUAUGAGUUCGAGAUGAUAGUGGAUGCGCCAUAGAAUGCCCGCUUCAAAUUUAGCGCCAUUAGCGCACUUUUCUAAGAUGCUCACAUGUAUUUGAUAAAAGCGAGGCAUCGAGAUGGCCGUGCAAUACUUACGGUACGAGUCUCGCCAUUUCUGUACAACUGCUGUCCACCAUUUUGUUUAUUUUCCUGUUAAAUAGGUGGAUUGUGGUCUGUGCAUCUUUUGAGAUUUUGUAUAUUUAACGACCUGUGAAUAUAAAAAUUACUUAUAAUAUAUAUGGUUCGACUGUUUCCCCUGGUAACAGGGGGUGAAGAAAUCCGCAGACAUUGGGCGCAUCGCAAGUAAACACGUUAAAGUGACCGUGUCCGGUAAAAACUCCUACAAUUCAGGGAAAGAUCGUGCGGUCACACUCAGUCUUAAGAAAUCGAAAAUUCAGAUUACAGCUAUUGAAAAUAUGAAUCACGUGAAUGAUAAAGAAAACCAGAACAAUGAAGUAGAAGAAAUGGACACUCAAGAGGUUGAAACUGUGGAAACACCUAAUGAUGCUGGUGGAGGGGAUGGUGGUGGGGAAAAUCGUCAAAUAAAUGGUGAAGCUCAAGAACAAAAUAUAUCUCAAGAUGCUGAAAUGGAAGAAGGUAUUUCAGGGCUCCUGUCAAUUGAUGUGAUGAGAGAAGUAGCAUGGUAUAGUGUUGUAACAUAUCUCAUACUUAAUAUUGCAGAUGAAGCACGAUCAGAAGCAACAUUUAGAUACACAGUGCAAAAUUUCAGCAAGUUGAAAGAAUCACAACUUUCCCCAUCAUGUUAUGUUCGUAAUCUACCGUGGAAAAUAAUGGUUAUGCCUCGCACCAGUCAGACUGCAGACCGACAAACUCAGAGGAGCUUAGGAUUCUUUCUGCAGUGUAAUGGUGAGUCUGAAUCAUCAUCAUGGAGUUGUUAUGCAACUGCAGAACUUCGACUUUUAAGUUCCAAAGAAGAUACGGAGCCAUUUAGCCGGAAGAUACAACAUCUGUUUUACAGUAAAGAAAAUGAUUGGGGAUUUAGUCAUUUCAUGUCGUGGCAAGAGGUUUUAGAAUCUGAUAAGCAAUAUGUGAAAGAUGAUUCCAUCACUUUGGAGGUACAUGUAGUAGCUGAUGCACCACAUGGUGUGAGUUGGGAUUCAAAAAAACAUACUGGCUAUGUUGGAUUAAAAAACCAAGGGGCAACAUGCUACAUGAAUUCAUUACUUCAGACCCUUUACUUCACCAAUCAGUUAAGGAAGGCUGUGUACAAAAUGCCUACUGAAAGUGAUGAUUCAAGCAAAAGUGUGGCCUUGGCUCUGCAGAGAGUUUUCCAUGAGCUUCAGUUUAGUGAUAAACCUGUAGGAACAAAGAAAUUGACUAAAUCAUUUGGUUGGGAAACAUUGGACUCGUUUAUGCAACAUGAUGUUCAAGAAUUUCUCAGAGUGUUACUAGACAAGUUGGAGAGUAAAAUGAAAGGAACAUGUGUAGAAGGAACUGUUCCCAAACUUUUUGAGGGAAAAAUGGUGUCAUUCAUCAAAUGUAAAAAUAUUGAUUAUACAUCUACAAGAGUUGAAACAUUUUAUGAUAUUCAGCUUAAUAUUAAAGGAAAGAAAAACAUUGAUGAGUCUUUUCAUGACUACAUCACUACAGAGAUGUUAGAUGGUGACAAUAAAUAUGAUGCGGGUGAACAUGGUCUUCAGGAUGCUGAAAAAGGAGUAAUAUUUGCCUCUUUUCCUCCAGUUCUUCAUCUUCAUUUAAUGAGGUUUCAGUAUGAUCCUAUCACUGACUGUUCUGUUAAAUUUAAUGACAGGUUUGAAUUCUAUGAGAAGAUAAGCCUGGAAACAUACCUUCAAAAUCCGGAACCAACAAGAGCAGAUUAUACUCUGCAUGCUGUGUUAGUCCACAGUGGGGAUAAUCAUGGGGGGCACUAUGUUGUUUUUAUAAAUCCAAAAGGUGAUGGAAAAUGGUGUAAAUUUGAUGAUGAUGUUGUAUCUCGAUGUACAAAACAAGAAGCCAUUGAUCAUAAUUAUGGUGGACAUGACGAUGACAUGAACAUGACAGUCAAACAUUGCACUAAUGCAUAUAUGUUAGUGUAUAUACGUGAUAGUGAAAUCAAGAAUGUUUUACAAGAAGUGACUGAGGAAGAUAUUCCACAAGAGUUAGUAGAAAGGCUACAAGAAGAAAAACGGAUGGAACAAAUUAGACGUAAAGAACGCAAUGAGGCUCACCUUUACAUGUCUGUUCAAGUGCUUUUGGAGGACAGUUUUGAUGGUCAUCAAGGGAAUGAUCUUUAUGAUCCUGACAGGGCACUAUAUAGAAUAUUCCGUGUUCGGAAGCAGACCACAUUGCAAGAGCUUUUGGAAAUGCUUGCAGAUAGUCUGAAAUAUCCAAUAGAACAGAUAAGACCUUGGCCAUUCAGUUAUCGAUCCAACCAGACAUGUCGUCCUACUUUAAUUGACAUAGAAGCUGAUCUUCACAAGACAGUGAUAGAUGUGGCAGAAAAUCAGAAUCCAUGGAAUGUGUUUGUUGAAGUGGUUCCUCCAGACUCUGGACUUCAAGCUCUCCCAUCCUUUGACAAAGACUCAGAUGUUUUGUUGUUCUUUAAAUUGUACGAUCCCAAAACAAAAAGAAUUCAUUAUUGUGGUCAUCACUACAUGCCAGUGGCUGCAAAAGUCCAGGAACUGAUUCCUUUAUUAAAUGAACGUGCUGGAUUUCCUCCUGAUACGGAACUUGUCUUAUAUGAAGAAAUUAAACCAAAUAUGGUUGAGAGGAUUGAGAAUUAUAAUGAACCGCUUGAAAAAGUCCUUGAGGAACUUAUGGAUGGUGACAUAAUUGUGUUUCAAAAAGAUGAAAGGGAUGUAAUGUAUGAUUUGCCUACAUGCCGUGAUUAUUUCAAAGAUUUAUUUCACCAUGUCGAAGUAACUUUCUGUGAUAAAAUGAUUCCAAAUGAUCCUGGUUUCACUAUUGAUCUGUCACAACGAAUGACAUAUGACCAAAUGGCUAGAGCUGUUGCUCAGAGAGUUGGAACAGACCCAUAUCUUCUACAAUUUUUCAAAUGUCAAAACUAUAAAGAUAGUCCUGGGCAUCCACUGCGGUGCACAUUUGAAGGAACCCUGAAAGAAUUACUUGUGUACUGUAAGCCUAAGACUCCUAAGAAAAUCUUCUAUCAGCAACUUAAUAUUCGAAUAAAUGAAUUAGAAAACAAAAAGCAAUUCAAAUGCCUAUGGGUAGGUCCCAAGUUAAAGGAAGAAAAGGAGUUGAUUUUAUAUCCCAAUAAAAAUGGAACUGUUGCUGAUCUUUUGGAAGAAGCUAGGAAACAAGUUGAAUUAUCUGAGAAUGGAUCCGGUAAACUUAGGAUAUUUGAAGUUAAUUGUAAUAAAAUCAUUUGUGGACCGAAAGAAGAUGCAUUGCUUGAAACAUUGAAUUCAACAGGAACUAAAUCUCAUGUCCUCUCUCAUGGCCAAGGAAAUAUUGAGUGUGGAUUUUUAGUGAAUAAGGAGUCUCUCUUCAAUAACAUGACAGAGAAAUUGUCAACAUCGUGUCUGGGAAGAGGUUCAGAGAUAGAAGAAAUACCUCGUGAUGAGCUGAAUUUAGCAGAAGAUGAAAUGCUUGUUCCUGUUGCACACUUCUACAAGGACAUCUUUUCAACUUUUGGAAUUCCCUUUGUUCUAAAAGUUAAAAGUGGAGAACCAUUUAGCAAAGUUAAAGAACGAUUAAUGAAAAAGUUAGGAAUUCAAGAAAAAGAAUUUGAAAAGUUUAAAUUUGCUCUGGUUGUAAUGGGCAGGGCACAGUUCAUCACAGAUGAGUCUGACUAUCAUAUUAAUUUAAUGGAUUUUCGAUGCAACCCUAAUCAAGUGAGUGCAAGUCCAAAGCCUUGGCUUGGAUUAGAACACAUCAACAAAGCUCCCAAGAGAUCUCGGUUUAAUUACCUGGAGAAAGCCAUUAAAAUCUACAACUGAAGUAAGGCUGCAGCUGCGUAGAACACAAUUAAUGCAGUGAAUGUUAGAACUAAUGGCAGCAGGAGUCUCAAUGAGAUGUAUUGAUGUGUCAUCUUAAUAGGCUCAUGUCUCACUAAGACUGAAUGAACCAAACAAGCUCUGUCAUUUGAACUGUUUUAAUCACCAAAGUAAUAAUGAGGAAUUAAAAAAUGUGCAAAAUAAGAGGAUCAAGAAGAAAGCAACAACUGGAUGUGAAUGUUAGCUUGGUUUGUUGAUCUCUAUGCAUAUUUUUAUUAUUUUCCCUUUUUCAAACAUACAUCUCUUGCCUAUGAAAGUGAGCGGCUUCCCUUGGAUAUGGACGGACUUCCCUGUGUCCUGCAAAUGGUUGUAGUCAUGUUCAAACGCUACUGGUGUUGUACUAGUGUUAAAAAUUCUGAAGGAACAUUAUAAUGACUUUGUGCUGAAAUAUUGGUAUGACAAUUGUGGUGUUAUUUCUUUUCCUUUUUGUAUUUGAAUGUGGAAUUUGUUGAGUGUGACAGCCAUGUUAGGUAGAAGGGACAACUGUGCUCAUGGCUGAUGAGAAAGAUCAUGCAAAUUUGAAUGGAGCAAUUACUAUGUGAAUUCUCUUGGCAAUAGGGAUGGGAUGUGUAUCUAUUAAAAAAAUAUACUAAAGCAGUGCAUUACCUUACAAAAUCAUGUAUUAAGCUGUUGUUUGAAGGAAUAGGAUCAUUCUUACUACUGUUGGAAUCUUUACAAAGAAGCAUUUUAUUAUUGUUUCUUUACAUUGUCAGAUCGCUUGUCAAUCAUGUUUUAGGUUCAUAUUUCUGUAUAUGGGCUAGUGUGUUUACUUUUUUUGUUUGUUUGUUGUUUUUGUUGUUUUUUUUUUACUUUUUUGUCUUGCAGCAUCUUUUUUACAUAUUUUUUUGAAAUUGAGACCAUUAUCUGGUUACAAGAACUUGAUAUAUGGUUUAUAUAGUCGGUCUUGAUUAGUAAUUACAGUUUUCUGCAGUGUGAUAGUUGUGUAAUUUUAAACACUUCCUUUCUUAACAUUUCUUGUUCUCCUCAGAGGAAGUAGAUAAAAAUUACUUGUAUUCUUCUGUAAAACAAUAAAUCACUUUGAGCUCCUCUUGUUUUACAGGAGGUUUAUUUUAUAGAUAAGACAUUAUUGAAACGUUGGAAUGAGAAAUACCUUUUAUCUGAACAUGGAAGUACAUACUUUUUCUUGUUUCUUUUUGUUUUUAGGUGUAACUUUGGUUGUAUUUUUCUUACAAUCCCAUCCCUUGUGAUAUUGCUGUUAGUCGUUUGACUUUUUGCAUCUUUCUGUGUUUUCAGCUGAAAGUUAACUUAUAUCUGCAUCUGAAUUUUUUUGCUCUAGGCACUUUAAAUCAGGUCGGCAUAUACCCUAAAAAGACCAUGCAUUGUUGAUUUUCUUGAAUUGGAUUGGUUCCAACUUGUAAUUGCUACACACUUAACAUGUAGAAUGUUUGAUUUGUUUUGCCUGUAAGAACGAAUGAAGAGUACAAGAUUGUUGUGAUAGAAUCAUGGGAGAGGGAGAAUUUUUUAUUAUUUUUUAAUUUAGCCUGUGAGCAGGAGAAAAAAAUAAAUGUAUUUAUACUAUAGUUAACCUGAAAUUUCCUUCCUAAUUACAGAAAGUGCCGUACACCCUAUAAAAAUUUACCCUAUCCAUCAGUAUUAUUUAAAAACCAUCUUGAACAUCCACUUUGUACAUAUUGCCUGAAUUCUUGAUCUGUACAUAAUGUAAGGUUGUUAAAUUUCACAAGUAAGAAUAUUAUUGUAUGAUUAUUAUUAAACUGUUUUGUAGACUUAAGUAGAUAGUAUUGUCAUGUUAAGUACAUACCACUGCAAGUAUGUUUCAAAAUGAGUAGAAUAAAAAAAAAAAAAUAGUAUGUUGUGGUUGAUUUGCACGAUACUCUUUGCUCAAUGCAUUUGCUGUGAAUAAUUUAUAACAAACUCCAAAAUUCAUAUCUUAAAGAAGCAAUGCAUUGUCUACAAUGUUAUAUAUUGUCUGCUAUUGUGUUAUAUUUCCUGUAUAACUUGGUUCAUAUGCUCUUCAUAACAAACAUUUUAAAUCCUACAGUUCUCAUUGUUUCAAAGAAUGAGGAAUUUGGGAGGCAGAAAAUGUUGCAUGGUUGUAUAUUGUUGCAAAACUAAUGAAAAGACUUGCAUAAAAUUUGUGUUGCGACCAACAUAUUGGUCCUUAAAGUUACGUUGUGCAGAUGUAAGAAUGUUUAAAUUAUCUACUGUGUAUGCUUGAUGGUGUGUGAAAGAGAUGAUCAAUCAGUGAGAUAAUUUUCAUUACUAACAUUUGUAUUGAUAGAAGCAUUGUGACAGUAACUCUGAAUUUUAAUGCAGAUUAAUUCGAUGACAGCACUAAUGGGUAUCCUGAAGUAAUGACAGUGUAUAAACAAUUUCUUGGAAUGGUCUAAUUCUUUAACGAACUAGGUAAUUUAGGCUAAGUGUUGCAACACUUCAAAUGCUGACUGGAUAGGGUAAAUGAGAACACCAAACAGGGCUUAAAUGGAUCAGAAUGAAGCAUUGUAACCAAACAAGAUUUUUGGUUAUAUUACUUUGUAUGGUAUAAUGAUAAUAAAUAAAUAUAUGAGAAUAAUGAUAUUAUGUAAUUAAUAUUGUAGAUAUUCAGCAAUGCUUCCUGAGCAUGAACAGUACAAUACUGCUUUUCUUACAAGUGUGCAUAAGCAUAAGGUUGAAAAACUGAGUAUAUCCUGUAUAUAUAUCAGAGUGGUAAAUGAUGUAGGUACUAAAUUUGGGUUAUGUGGAUUAUGUGCACUUCAUAUCUGUUUGUAGACUUCUUAUAGGACACUUGUUCUCUAAACAUUUUAAUAUUGUAUUCUGUAAUGUUGAAAUAUCUUUGAAAGUCGAUAAAAGGAGUAUUGAGUGCCCCAGGCAAUGUGUUGCUUACUGUCCUCAAUUUCCAUAGAUUUAUUUGUGAGUAUUUUUGAAGGUCCUAUUCUACGUCCUUAGUACUUUGUGGUUGAAUGAGUUGUAAUGUGUAAUUUUUGUAUGUUGCAACAAUAAAAUUAGCAUUAGGGUUUUAUGAGAAAAUGUGGUUUCUUGCAAGAAAUUCUAAAAUGCGUGCAUUGACACAAUGAAAGGUAAUAAGCCUAGAAAAUUCCAGAUACUAAAUUCCACUGUGUAAGUGUUAAUGUGUUGUUCAAAAGCAAACUGUGUGUGCUGGGAGAGGAUACCAGGCAGCCAUUAAAUUAUAUUCCUUACAGUAGUCAAAUUUCUGGUAAAAUUUGAGCAAAUAUUAGAUUUAUUAAUAAACUUCGAAACAAUUAUGGCCAAAAGAAAAUGGUUUCCACAUUUUUCAACUGGUUAUCAUUAAUUUAAACGCCAAGACUACAGUAAACUAAUCAUUGAAAAAUCA